GCGAGUACCUCCAUGCCAUCCCCAUCGUGUAUCACCCAGAAACCGAUUCAUAAACACUCGAUAAACUCUUGGUUUUGUUUUUGUGCUGAGGGAAGUAUUCACCAGUGAAGUGCACUGCAGAUUAAUUAAAUGGAGAAUGACGUUCGGUGGAGGAGAAGAUUCACCGGUGAUGGAUGCAGCGAGUAUCCGGUGCCCUCGCAGAAUGAAAGAUAAAAAUCUGCCAAGGUGUAUCACCCGGUAUUUGGAUUCACUGCUAACUAAGAGCUAGGUACAGCGAUUAGUAUGUUAAUGACGAGCUCUGUGGGAUACUAACGACUUCCAGCUGAAUAAAAUUCCGUGAAAGGGAAGGACAAAAGAGAACAAGCAGAGUUGCAAAAAAAAAAAAAACAAGUAAAAACUAUUGAAGGAAAAUUCUUCAGCAUUCUCGUUUGUAAAUAAUUACUGUGCGAAUGAAACUGUGAGAAAAUAACUGGAGUACGAGAGUAAGAGAGGGCUUUAUUAUACUGGAGUCAGCGUAAUCAUGUUCGGCACGAAAUUGCGCACGUGGAUGGAGGCGCAUAUCGUGCGACCGAAGAAAAAAAAGGAUCGAAAAAAGGGCGACAAGGGCUUUGAAUCAAAUUGCAAUUCCCCAGGGAGUCACAGUGCCAAUCGAUCACCAGCACCUCAUCAGGUCCAUCCAUUGAAUUCACCAGCUAAAAACGUAGACAGCAUUAUUCUGGGUAAAACCGUGGCAUACGUUGGCACAACGACAAACUCAUCGUCUGGUAAUUCCGGUGGCAACGGUAGUGUUAAUCUCUCUUCACCAGAGAGUGCAUACAGCACUGGUUACUCAACGGACGGCACAUCGCCAGGUGCUAGUUUUCCACCGGAGUACUACAUUAAUAUAAGAACUGGUAAGCAUUAUUUUCAAAGUAACAAGGGAACGAGAGGCAAGUGCAGCGUGACCAACGGUCCGGGUAAUGAGAAGCAGGAGGAGCCAACUGAGAACAGGGUAAACGGAAACAUCACCAUGACGAGGGAAAAUACACUGGUGGGAGAGAUUCACACGAGUACUCCAUUCAAGGGUACAGAGGCAGCAAUCAGCCAUCCCCACAAGUCCCAGCAGUGUCAGCAGAGCCCCCAGACCCUAAAUCGUGAUACAUCCCAUGUACACAGAAGAGCAGAGUCGUAUUCAGCAGCAGACAUAACGAUACGAAAUAGUUUGCCAAUUCCUUCGUCCAUACCACCACCACUCGUAUCAUCACCCACUAUCCAAUCACCAAGACAACGCUCACGAAUACGUACAAAUCCAUGGCUAUCAGCCAACUCAUCCAACUCGAGUACAACUGGAUGUGGCAAUAGUGGUUACAAGUAUCGUUUUACUUUGAAUGAAACUAGUAGCAGUUCUGGACUGAAGCUCACCGAGUCCUCAGGCAGUGCCAGUGAUGUUAACGUUAAUAAUCAUCGGACAAAUCAAACCAGAAGAGAGUGCAGACAGGAGAGUCUCAGUGCUGGUCGUAGUCCAAUAAAUCAAAACUGGCGAAUCUCCCCUGGAAUGGAUCGUUCGAAACACACGAGUCUCACCCGUCGGAGUAGUUCUAGUUCCUCGGCGUCAUCGAUAACCCAGAGUAUAAGAUCUUCGGAGGAUGAUAUUACCCUCAACGAGAUGAUGGGUAAAUUCGACGAGUCCUACAUCUACGAAAAAGAAACAGAUAUUUUAUCAGAUAGUGAUCCAACGGACUGCGAGGAUUAUGUAAACCACUCACCAUCAGACGUAGACACAGGUCAGGACGGUGGAGACGAGAACGAUCCCUUCGAGAAUUCCGAUUUCGAUUACAUCGAUAACGGCAGCUUCCUCGACCUGGAGAACCUCGAGGGCAAUUUCCCCAACACCGGUCACUGCACGUAUUUCACAUUCACCAGUGAAUUAACCCGGAGAAGUACUCGCCUGCGUGAUUCCUUCCUGAAACGUCGGUCUCGAGAGGAGAUGCAGCACAGAUCGAGCCUGAGGAGCAGCUCCAAACGCCAGAGUCUCCGUCACAAGAAAAUCGAUGAUAAACCCUUGGAGAAGCGAAAGAAACGCCAGUCCCAGCGUCGUAAACCGAUAUUCGAUAAGGGUGAUGAUAUCACAGCGAAUUUAAAUCGAGUGCUGGUGGAACGAAUGUUGUUGAAGAAUUCUGGUUUCAAUCAGGGGAGCAGAAGUGUCGGGGGUACACCGAUCUGCCUGCGCAGAAGGAAACACCACGACGUCAACGAGAAUCUCUCGCCCAUUCGUCAGAAUGAUCCGAGAAACUUCAUAAAUCCAACAUUGAUCGAGAAUGAAGUCGUCAAAAGGAGAUCAAACUCAAUCAGUUACGUAAAUGGAAAUGUUGUGAGGCAGAGAAUCUCGGGUAACACUUACAUGACGACUUUUGCCUCGGAGAUGGCCCUAAUUGAGGCAGACAAAGAGGCAGAUAGAAAAUACAGAGAAUUAAUAAUGGAGGCUGAGAAUAUUCUCGUCAAUAUGAAGAAUGCAUCAUCACCGGUGAUUCCAUCUCCCUCCAGAAGAAUUCAUAAUGGACUUGCUAACAAGAGAGUUGAGUUGAUAAAGAAUACUGAAUUAAAUAUCGAGCUUGCCCUAUCGAAGAGCAGAAAUUCACAGCCAGAAUUGCAGAGUGGAAAUAUCAAGGAUAUUGAGCACACGAGUCCUAAGAGGCAGUUCCAGGUGGUAUCACCUGUUCAUCGGUUUAUGGAGAGGAAUAGUUACAGGCAGGAGAUUCUCAAGUGUCCGGAUUCACCGGUUAUGGGGAGGAGGACCCCCCAGGUAUCACCAAGCAGGGGAUUCGUGGCGAAUAGGAUGAUGGUGAUGGAGGAGGGACGAGAGAGGGCUAGGUGCCGAGUCGAGGUCAAUGGGGUGAGGUCGUGCAGUCAGGAUGGACGAGUGGAGAAUUUCCCGAAGGAUCCACUCUUCUCGGCUGCAGUGAAAAACGGAUUUGGGAAGAAGAAGGGGAUGAGGCAGGAGGAGGGAAUCACUAGUAGCUCUUCAGAUUCUGAGGAUAGGGGGGAGGCCAGGAGGAGGGCACCUUUAUUGACGUUUAGGUCUGUCGAUAUGGGACCUGUUAAGGAGAACACGUACUACUGUCCCCAGAGUGAACCAGUCAAGAGAAAAGUUUAUGCCGGUAGUACUACGUAUGGGAGAAUACAAAAGACUCUGGGGGAAAGGCAUGUGGUCCUGAGAAAUUCCGAUGGGGAUACAGCCACUGACGAUACAGAUGACUCGAGAAGAUCACUUCGUGAAAAAGUGGCGCAGCUACGGCAGGAGAGAUUGACAGCUGAUGCAAAUUUGAAUGCUCAAGACAGCCAGAUGAUUCAGCAUCAUUUAACUCAAUUACGUAGACAAAUGCUGAUGCAUACAAUCGAGGGACUCAAACGUAGCCUCGAGGAUCAAUCGGCGACACUCAAGCAGACGUGCCUCCACGAGACGAUCCUCCAUGACGAGUUGCCUUGAACACUUGACAGCAGACAAAAAAUAAUUCAGAGUAUUUUUUUUUUGCCCCAGAUUUUUCACUUUGUAUCGUCGAAUUGAAAUAAUCAUUACGACGUCAGGGGGACAAACUAAAGUGGUAAGAGAUUUUUUUUUUCUCAACUAAUACCUCUGCAGGGGGACAAAUAUAUUUUUCUGCCUCUACACAUAUUCAAGAUCAAUGGAAUGGGGAAUGAGAGACGAAAGAUAUUUUGAGGACAAUUUUCCUGGUGAUUUUUUUCUUGAUUUUAUAAACUUACGUAUGAAGGAUCAAUUAAUUAUUAUGGAUUAGUAAUCAAGG